AUGUCGUCUCAGGUCGCGCCAUGGCUCGAGGACCUAGACGAAGACUGGUUCGAGCCGCCGUCACUGUCAAAUCACUCCACAGACCACCAAUCUGCCACCCAACCCGUCCUGAACCAAACUUCGUCCACAAGUCGCAUCCCGCGCAGGAGCAGCGGCCAAUUCUCAAUCAUAAACAGCAGCUCUGUCAAACAACGAAAUCCUCUCAAGGCGCUGCCAGACUCUCAGACCAAUGCCCAACGCCAAUCCUCGACCUCCUCGGUAGUCCACCACGACUCGGUCAAGCGCUCUCCGGCAAAGCACCAGACUCUCGAGUGGAAGAAGCGCCUGGUUCGUGGUGAAGUUGGCUACGGCGACCAGACCGACCUGUUUGGCCCCUCGGGUCUCGAGAACAUCUUCUCGCCAGCUCGUCCCACUUCUUCCAACAACCGUCCCACCUCGUCCAACAGUCCGUCGAGGCUUCUGCAGAACACCAUCAUGCCUCCCUCCAGUCCCCCACCAUGGCCAUCGCAAAUUGAAUCAUCCCAGAUAGACUCGCCCGACGCCCAAGGCACACGCCAACGACAAGUCAACAACUCAAACUACACGGAUCCGCAAGAUGACAGCCUCAUGCGCUCGCCCAACUCUCCCAGUCAACUGCACCUCAACCGCUCCGCUUCCAAGCACCAAGGCAACCGCACUAUCAGCGCUAACACCGAUCUGUCAGGCGAGGGCUUUAGUCCUGUCUUCUUGUCCAAGCACACGAGCUCCACUGGCGCCGUCAGUUAUGCUCCCUUGGACUCGCGCUCUGCACCCGUCAGUGCUGAUGCUUCCAUUAACGGCUUGGAUUCUGAGCUGCCAUCCACACCCGGCUUCCGCAAGAACAACAGCGACACAGCAGACAACAUGCCCAGUGUUCCCGAGGUCUCUCUCCCGGAUGACCUACCGACUGGUACACCUCCAAUUCCGAGCUUCGUGACCUUGAACAGAGUCUCGCUCUCGAGCCCCACCAAAAUUGAACCGUCUUCUGUAUAUGAUCGCGACUCGUCCAUCUCCCCAGGGAACUUCAGUCCUGUCAGAGCACCUGCAACUCCAAAGUUAGGGGAUGUUGAAGAGCCAUCACUAUUGAGCCCACCCAAAAGCAGACCUUCCCAGAGUCCCUUGAAGCUGUUCACAGGAAACUACGACACUUUCACCAACAACAAGUUGUUCAGGAGGAUGAGUCAGCUCGAGGGCCUGGAUCCCGACCACCCUUUGAUCUUACCGGUCCACCCUUGUGACGAUCCAUUUGACAACACACAUUCCACUAGUGGCAGAGUCAUCAGCUCAGGAACAGCUAAUGCCCAGAGGCGUCGACUUUCUCAACGUGCAGUCUCGAAUCUCAGUAGUUUUGGUGAGGGCCAUCUGGAUGAACAUGACUUCGAUGCGGACAUUUCUAUUCCCACUGGCUUGGAUCUCGAUGCGACUUUCGAGUCUACUGAGGGCUCACCACUUCCGGAAGCUGUGCCGCCUGGCAGCACUCAUCCCUUCCGUUUCCACGUUGAUACCGCGCCGCUCAUCGAAUCGUCACCCGAAGUUAGACCCUUCAAGCUGAAGAGAAAGUUGUCCAAAAGAAGCAACACAAUCAGGUCAAGACACUCCGAUGACGAACAAGCACUGGAGCAAUUCCCCGUCAUCGAUCCUUACAACAACGAGUUUGACAUCAGGGAUGGAAAGCGUCCUCAGAGUUCUCCCGCGAAAGCACCCACUGCAAAACGCCGACGUACAUUGAUCACAAUGGACGGCAAGCUUCCAGAGCUGGGCGAAGGCUCUGAGAUUCACAUCAAGGUCGAUGCGCCAAUCACAAGUAAUGAACAAGCUCCAGCAAUGACCGGAUCUGGUACCGUCAGUGUAGCAAGCAGAAGGGACGUCACCAGGCCUAGGAACCCUACCCCCAGCCAGAGACGUCGUGAGCAGAUUCAGGCCGAAAUUAGUGAAGCGACUUUUGAAUAUCUCUCGAACUCGCCACGCCUAGAGGCCAUCAAAGAAGCCAUUGAAGAGCUUUCAGAGCUGCCAGCAGAGUCUGUUGAUGCUGAGAAGGCCAAGGCAGUCGCAGCUGACAUCGCAGCCUUCGCCUUUAAUCACUCGAGAGAGGAGCCUGAGAGUAUACGCAAGCGUUCGUAUACCACUCAAGAUUUCCUUGACGAGGCUAUGCAUAUAAUGUCGAUAAUUCGGGCAAAGGGACGUCCCAACAGCGGUUUGGACGAUGUCGAGGAGUCUAGCGGUGAGAUGCAGUUCAAUAACACGCAUCUACAUCCUGAUGACCUUACAAGGCAAGUUGAGUCAUUAAGCAUCUCCAGGUCGGCUUCUCGUGAAGGCAAUGAGUCCAACUGGAGACCACGAAGCCAAGUCAAGCAUGAUCCGAUGGUUGCCAGUCGCUUGGAGCAGUUCCGUGAGCAUGACAACCUCAAUUUUGUGGACUCUUCCCUUCGAUCGCUUGAUAUUGAUGAUACUUCCGCUAUUGACUUCAAUCACGAAGAUGUGUCGACUCGGGAUUUCGUUGAUGCACCUGUCAUCGAGCCCGGUUGGGGUCGCGGACAUGCUCGAACGUAUUCGAACAACUCGCAACAAGGAGCUCCAGCGAGCCCGACCAAGUCACAGCACGGUUCUCACCCAUCUCUGGACUCUUCAAGUGGAGCACGUACGAUGGGAUCCACUUCUUCAAGAGACUGUGUAGCCAAUUUGUCGCCCGAGAAGGUUGCUCACCUGAUCCCUGAGCAGAUCGCUGGAAUGACCUACAACAAGGAAAAGCAGAUCUGGGUGAAAGCCAAGCAUCUCAGACCGCCGACAUUUGACUAUUAUCAUCAGCCAAGCAAUGUCAGCAGCGAGGACGAUCCGUUUGCAUACAUCCCUGAUUUGACUGUCGACGAGAUUAAGGAGAUCCAACGCAUCCAACAGAUGCAAGCACGUCGUCAAGGUCUUGCAGAACGAGAACACUCUGAAUACGACAUAUCUGGCCAGCACACAGAGCUUCCACAAGAAGUACCAGACCGACCACCUCCCCAGAGACAAGAGCCAACUGGCUCCAGACCUACAACCCGCGAUAGCAAUGCUCCGCACCCAUUCACAUCGAGCACUGCUCCAUCGAAGUAUUCCGGGUUUGCCUCGAGUCAACAGCAGCAGUUUGACACUCGCGCCACAUCUUGGAGUAAUGAGGAGCUGGCCAACAUAGCCAGAGCCAAGCAGCAACAAACGCAAACUGGCGAUGGUCUUCGCGACCUGACCACUUUCAACAUUCCUCAGAACAUCUCAGAGGAAACUGAAAUAGUCCUCGAUGAUUCGAUCACUGCUCAUGAUCAAUCACAGCUAUCCCAUAUCUCUCAUGAGGAAUCUUUACUGGACGAGCUUCUAAGUGAGGACGACGAACUGCUCAACGAGGAUUCGAUAACGGAAGAACUGCCUGCGCCUAAGCAGCGCGCCAGUGGCAUUCCACUUCCAUCUUGGCCUCUCCAUGACCCUCAGCCUGCACGUCGUGGUGGUCUGAGGAAUUCCUCCUUGAGAAGACAAACUUUCCAGCGAGGUUUCCCUUCUGGACAGGACCAAAGAGAGGUGUCGUUCGUUGCCACUUUCCCAGACAAGCGAACGAUGAGUGUUUCCGUAGUAGCUCAGCCAGCGCCUACAAUGGCUGCGCCUAACCAAGAGUAUGGCCUUUCUUCUCCUGCUCGCAUGGAUGGCACGUUCUACCUCAGCGACCUACCCGAUUUCACCGUUAACGAUGUUGAUGAGGAACGUCCGUCUGAGAAGGCACUGGCUAGACGAGUGGCUCAAGUAAACAACGGAGACAGAUAUGCUAUGGCCGUCCAGAGUCUUGUAAAGACACUCACAGACGUGGAACCCGAUGAGCCAUACUGGGAAGACAUCAAACAACUCAACCUUCGCGAUAGAGGUCUUGACUCUGUCCACAAUCUGGAAGACUUCUGUACACGUCUUGAAAAUCUUGACCUCUCGAACAACAAUGUUGCUCAUCUCGAAGGCGCUCCGACAUCUGUUCGCAGACUCAACCUUCGCUCAAACGCUUUGAGUAGUCUUACAGCUUGGAGCCACAUGAUGAACCUGCAGUAUCUCGACAUAUCCAGUAACCAAGUUGACAACUUGGGCGGACUUUGCAUGCUCGUUCAUCUUCGGGAGUUGCGCGCAGAUGACAAUGAAAUCACAAGUCUCGAUGGCAUUAUGAACAUGGACGGUUUGCUCAAGCUGUCUGUUCGUCGUAACCAAUUUUCCAAGGUGGAUUUUGAAGGAUGUCAGUUGGCACGCCUCGAGGAAUUGGAUCUUGGCAGCAACAAGCUGACUCUUGUCUCGGGUAUGCAGGCGCUACCAUCGCUGAAGCGCUUGAUCUUGGACGAGAACAAGCUUGAACACUUCUCAACCAUCCAGGAAGAUCCUGCUGGAUCCAAACUACACUGCCUGUCCCUGCAGAAGAACAAGAUGGUCGCUCUUGAUGUCUCAACCUGCACCAACCUUCGCUACCUGAACGUUGAUGAGAACAGAUUAUUGACUGUACAGGGUAUCGAAAAUUUGCAUCACAUUGAUAUGCUGUCUAUGCGCAAGCAAGAUCUCAAGCACGCUGAAGCUCAACAACUGACCAUCUUCAACCAACGACUCUCCGCUCGCUCCUUGUUCCUGUCUUCGAACAUCAUCCCUACCAUCGAUCUGCCCAACUCUUAUCACAGUGUUCAGAACCUGGAGAUGGCUUCGUGUGGGCUGCAGGAGCUACCCAGCGAUUUUGGUUUGAAGUUCCCCAACCUACGCACCUUGAACAUGUCCUUCAACGCGAUCACGGACAUCAGACCACUGCUCAACAUCACACGAUUGGAGAAGCUGUAUGUUUCGGGAAACCGCAUCGCGCGUCUUCGCAAGACGGUGGCUACGCUGGCACGCAUGCAGCACCUACGCAAAACAGAUCUCAGAGACAACCCAAUCACACAUGGUUUCUAUGCGCCCGUCUCCGUGGCCAAAAACGCCGUCAGCACUGUUUCAGAUGAUGAGGAGCCGCUGUCAGAAGCACAGUUGCAAUUGCAGUUGGCUAUGUCGCACCGUCUCCCCAAUGCCGAUCACGCGACUGAUACCGAGCAUCUCGCUCGCUUGGACGAGGAUACCAAGCUACGACGACGCGUCUACGAAAUCCUGCUCUGUAACGGCUGUAAGAGUCUAUCCACUCUCGAUGGUCUUUCAUUCGCCAAGGACAGGGCGCUGAUGAGGGAUGGAAUCUGGGAAAGAUUGCUCAGACUGGGUGUCGUGAGGAAGUCAGGUGCAAGAGGUGAAGAGACGCAGGUGUCGAUGAGUUAG